GUCCAAUAUUUAUGGUGUUUCCGAGACACGCAUCCGCACUACCGUUACUGAUAAGGUCUUCGAAAAGUGUGUAUCUAUUAUGCAGGGUCCACGCUACUCUGUACUUGGUGCAUCGGUAUAGCGGGGAAAUGUUUGCACACUAUAUUCCUCCAGAGCUGGCCGAACUGGUGCAAGCCGGUGUAUUCGUGCCACUGGUAGGACCCAAUGGCCGACCGAACGGUAGGACGCCACCAUAUACAUUGCCUCUUGCUCAUCUACCGAUGGUGCAUAUGGCAGCGCGGCACGCCUCCUCAGCGUGUCCCGGCGAAGGACCACCGCAAAUGCGAAAGAUGUUCAUCGGUGGCCUCAGUCAUGAAACAACCGACGAUGCGUUGCGCGUUUAUUUUACGCAGUGGGGACCAGUGGUAGAUGCAAUUGUCAUUCGCGACCCAACAACCAAGCAGUCUCGUGGAUUUGGAUUUGUUACGUUUGCUACAAUCGCUAGCUUGGAAGCAGCUAUGAUGGAUCGACCUCACGUCAUUGCAGGAAAAACGGUGGAUUCCAAGCGGGCUAUUCCUCGUGAGCAAAUGACGCCAAUGUUUCCUCCACCAUUCUUUGCGUGUGAGCAAGCGCCAGGGUGCAAACUUCUUUUGUCAGGGCUCAAUUGGGACUACCACCGCGUUGAUACUCUCCGCGUUUACUUCGAAAAAUUUGGAUCAUUAGAUCAGGUGGAGAUCCUGGGCGAUCAUCGAGGUUUUGGCUUCGUCGUAUUUGAAGAUAAGCAGAGCGCUGACAAAUGUCUAAACGAAAAUAAUGGAAGGCAUAUCAUUGCUUCGAAGAGGGUUGAUGUAAGGCCCUUCCCAAAACGCCAAUCUACGUAUUGGCGUCGUAAUCCAGAUGCGCCAAAUGGCGGAACAACGAACACUGCUGCACCUCCUGCCCCACCAACACUUUACGAUCAACUUGCUGCAAUGAAUCUAAACUCGAGAGCGACACAAUAUGAUGAAGAUAGCAGUUAUGGAGGAACAACGACAGAGGACGAUUGUAAAUCGAGUGAGCAUGGCAGUUCGUCAUCGGCGAUAGACACUAACUCACCCAGCAACACCUCACAGUAAUGAGCUGCGAUUCAAAGCUGGUCUUGACAUAGGCAAGUGGAUGCUUACCACUGAAUACCACUGAAUUGUACUCCUCUGAAGGAGGAAAUACUAGAUUAAGUCAAAGUUAUCGUGCAGUCUGCACUUCUUCCUCUUCUUUUCCAUGCACUGUUCUCCUACAGUCAUUUUUUUCUUUUUGUAAGCUGUGCUCAUACACUACCUAAAUGUUCAUUUUUUCCUUAUUGCUUCCCUCAUAUGCAUCAGAUUAUCAUCUUUGUUGAAGCCUAUGCUGCGGUAUUACGAUUUUGCAGAAGUGCUCUAGUUCUACACAAACAGUUUAUCAGAGGCUCACAUUUUGUUUGUUUUUUGUAGCCUUCAGUACACUGUGUAUCGGCAUUUUUAUCGAUAUGUUACGUACACAUUCAUGUGCACUUCGAGAGGUAAUAUUUCUAUAUCAGGAAGUUAUGUAGAUUUAUUCGGAGAUGGUAGCAGCAGCGGAGUUCGAGGUCAGAUCGCUUUCGAAAGUAAGUCUGAAAGACAAAACAAUCUAGCCGAUUCAUCGCUUUUUUGUUUUGUCAGCAUUUCCAGAAUCGUUCAGCUAGCGUUCGCGACCUCUUCCCUGAGUAGCGUUCAGAGAUCUAUUGUGUGAUGUUGUCAAUGUAGCGUAGUUUUGAAUUUGUUUAUUUUUUUAGGGCUAGGUUAGGAUUAUGUUAGUAUGUUGAACUGAGCUUUCUGAGAGAUAUGCUCCAGUUAGAGGUAUUUUUUACAGUUCCAGGUUCUCUUUAGGUUAGUAGUGCUAUGAUUCUGUGUGACAUAUCAGAUGUGUUAUCAUCUAGCAUCAAGAAAUCGAGCGUUUUUGUUUUCGCGUUCCGAAAAUUCUCUAUGCACUUUAUACUCCUGCGAUCCGCUUGUUCUCCCAUGUAUUUGCGAGUUCUGGUGUUCAGCUCUUGUUAUCAUUGAUUCCAAAGUCGAUUGUAUGUUGCAAAUUUUGCAACUGUUUGUAAAUCCACUGAAUCGCUGAGAGGCAAAAACAUUAGUUUAUCUCCGUCCUCACCACUUGUGAUCUUCUUUUUGUUGAUUUAUAAAUCUCACCAGCCAGUCAAUCCGCGAUUCAGUGAAAUUUUGUCCAGUCGCCGAAAGCUUGCACUCGUGUCAACCCAGUACUGUUACAGCAAAUGCUUCCACUCAUCAAUGAAUCACUCCCAAUUUGCUUAUAAAACAACUUUCAUCUGCACCGAGUGCUUUCAACGCGAACUUCGCCUGUCUCCACAUCCACUUCCGUAUUCGGAAGUAUAACUAGCCCUCUUCCCCAUUCCUAAAAAGUUUCCUGGUCGACUGGUUUUGUUUAUUUGUUUUGUCAUUUCUACUAUUUUCCAUUCGAAUCAUGCUCACUGUAGUUAGUUUGUUCCGCUAACCUUUUGAGACGACUUCAUUCGCGUUAAUAGCCUUCCUUGAGUGUCGUCUUGAGCUCUGGUGGAAGCGCGUAUCGUAUGGAUGUGUUGUAUUCAUCAAUGUUGGUUGACGCUGUAUUUGUGACGAUACGUAUGCCUUAUCUCCUCAACUUCUCUCCGGUACCAACAUGUUAAUAUCUUGAGUUAUUUCUAUGGUAUCGAUGUGCUAUGAUGCAUUUUAUUUGAUUUUGUUUCGUCACAACGAUUUUCGUUUGAGAUUGCAAAGCUCAGAUUGUUUGCGUUCUGACUCCAAUAAUAAGAUUUGGUACC